AUGGGUGUUUUGGGAGACACCAGUAGCCAGGGUCAUAUGAGGAUGGAUGUUCAGUGUUUUGGAACCAUUUUAAAGAUGGCCGACAAGAAGGACUUAUUGACGGAGGCAAAGAGUUUCUGUGAUGGGCUUUCAAACGUGUUCAUGCUUAAGAAACGUGAUGCCCAGACUCGUCAUCUUUUGGAGAAAGCAAAAUCCUUGGUGGAAGCCUUAGUGGCAGAAAAUCAAAAAUCGUCAGGCACCAAAUCCACACCCCCAAGACAGACUCGCGGGUCAGGGGGGAUGGGACAGCUUUGGACAAAGUUGGAGGAGCUAAAACGAGAAAACGAACUCUUGAGGAAAGGUAAAACACAGGAAGACCGGGGUACUUCCGGGACCAAGACACAGGGUCCUGGUGAAGUCAUCAUCUCCGAGCUUCAUAAGGCGAAACACGAUAACGAGGUUCUCCGAAGUCGAAAUGAAAAACUUGAGGUGUCGGUUCGCGAGAUGGAGGCGGUGGCUGUCAGCGUUCAGGACGAGUACAAAAGGUCAAAGGUUGCUCUGGAGACGACACAAAAAUCCAUGGAGACCGUUCUUAAAGAGUACCGUCUCAUGGAAGACAGUUUGAAAACGGCCAAAACAGAAAACGAUACCUUAAAACAAAGGGUGACUCAAAGUGUAAAACCAUUGCCAGCUAGCCCCAAACCAUUGCCUCCCAAACCUGUGGCGAAGCCUAUACCAAAAGCCCGUAGUAUGAGCCAGGGUCAUGUGGAGCCGGUGGAGCGAUGCCGGUCCGGAAGUCGUGUCCAGACGGAAACACUGAGUGAACGUUGUCGCCCUAGUAACGUAGCCAUGUUGUACACCAGUCUGGAAAGUCAAGAGUGGGUGGAUGCUAAGGAGGCGUUAGAGGAUGACUACGAUUUUGAGGAGGAAAAUAUCAUCCAGUUCCUGUGUACCAUCCUCAUGGAAGCGUUUAAAACCUGCAAAGAGGUACACGAGACCUUGAAGGCUACACUAGCAGAACUCCUCAAGAAGCCCACCCUGGCUGUAAGCUUGGAUUUUGGCGGCGAGAUCAACUACCGAUACAAACUUCCUGAGUGUCUGACGGACGGUGUGGGCCAGCAACUCCGACAACAUUUUGAUGAAGUGGAGACCGAGACAAUCGUUAACAUUAUGUCAAAGAAACUUGCCAAAGACUACAGAACGUUCGCGGAGAACAACUGUCUACAACACAAAUCAAUUUACAAAUAUAUGCACGCAUGCGCGAAAGUCACGUGGCAGAUGGUGGUGCAGCAGCCUCAGAUGCAUCUGACAGUAGAUGACAAAAAGUUCGAUGACGAUAAGCACAAACUUUGGUGGUCAUGUGAUCAAAAGAGUGCGAACAAUGUGGAUUUUUUCAUUUGGCCAGCGUUAUACGACUACAAAAAUGGCAUCUUACUUGUGAAGGGGUGUGUAUACGCCAGCUGAUGACGAACUACACAAAGUACGCACUAAGGAUGACGUAAUACACAUUUAUAUUAAUUUUUAAGUGAGAAGACGAUUUGAUAUGGUUCAUACAGAUACGAAAUGUCGGUGAUUUUUUCAGUCCUUGUCUGGAAAAGUCUUGGACUUUUAUGUCUUUGUGAACCAUGUCUAAUACACACCAGGACAGCUAGAUUACACAACGUUGAGUGGGUUUUUAUAGAAGACCUAAGGAAACGAGACGAAAGUCUUUGAACACGUCAAUGGAUAGCCGUGAAACUGACGGUUGUGAUUUUGUACAUCAAAAUUUUAUAUAAAAAAUAUAUUACUAGGCUUCGUGCCUGGAAUCAAACAAAGCAUUACUAUUACCGGUAUAAGUCGUGGUAUCUGUUGUGAAGUGGAUUAACUUUAUAUGAUCAGCGAAAUAACAUUUGUGAUGCCUUUCGUAUAAAAAUACGACUUUGCCAUUCCAAUACAAUUCUACUUCAUAUGAUACCAUUUUAGCACACUACAAUUUUAUCCCCUGACACCACUUGUUUAUGUUCAAAUAGUGUCGUAUUGUUAAAUGCGUCACCAGCAUCCGGGGCUUGGCGCAGUUGGUUUAUGGCUGAGACAAGUCCAUGUCUAGCUUCAAUUGCACAAAACCACAAAUUUAACGGAAAAAAAUAGUGCCGCACGAAAACAUCUGUCGCGCAGUAAAUGUGCACGGGCACUUAGGUCAAACAUAAAGGGGCGUUUUAUUGGAAACACUUUAAAAAAAAAAACGUUUAAGCUCUCCUAAACAUUAUAUAAAUAUUUAAAAACCGUCUUAUUUGAACUAUGACAGGCGAGAUGACGCAAGGACAAACAUUACAAACUAGAAUUCUAAAUAGGAGAUUUCAUUUACGGAUGUAACUGUGAACGAUCGAUUUCACUUACGGAUGUAACUGUGAACGACCUAUUUCACUUACGGAUGUAACUGUAGCAACCGAUACUGCUUACGGUUGUAAUUGAACGACCUAUUUCAUUUACGGAUGUUACUGUGAACGACCUAUUUCACCUGCGGAUGUAACUAUGAACAACAUAUUUCACCUGCGGAUGUAACUAUGAACAACAUAUUUCACUUACAGAUGUAAUUGUGAACGACCUAUUUCAUUUACGGAUGUAAUUGAACGACCUAUUUCAUUUACGGAUGUAAUUGAACGACCUAUUUCAUUUACGGAUGUAAUUGAACGACCUAUUUCAUUUACGGAUGUAAUUGAACGACCUAUUUCACUUACGGAUGUUACUGUGAACAAACUAUUUCACCUGCGGAUGUAACUAUGAACAACAUAUUUCACCUGCGGAUGUAACUAUGAACAACAUAUUUCACUUACAGAUGUAAUUGUGAACGACCUAUUUCAUUUACGGAUGUAAUUGAACGACCUAUUUCAUUUACGGAUGUAAUUGAACGACCUAUUUCAUUUACGGAUGUAAUUGAACGACCUAUUUCACUUACGGAUGUUACUGUGAACAAACUAUUUCACCUGCGGAUGUAACUAUGAACAACAUAUUUCACCUGCGGAUGUAACUAUGAACAACAUAUUUCACUUACGGAUGUAACUAUGAACAACAUAUUUCACUUACAGAUGUAACUAUGAACAACAUAUUUCACUUACGGAUGUAACUAUGAACAACAUAUUUCACUUACGGAUGUAACUAUGAACAACAUAUUUCACUUACGGAUGUAACUAUGAACAACAUAUUUCACUUACGGAUGUAACUAUGAACAACAUAUUUCACUUACGGAUGUAACUAUGAACAACCUAUUUCAUUUACAGAUGUAACUGUGAACGACCGAUAUUACUCUCCAGCUCACUCGAUAAAGCGUUAUUACAAUAACAUGGCCAUGACGUAGUUCCGGAUUCGUUCACUGGCGGAGACACUCAAAAUAAUGUUUUGUCUUACACGUGCAUCCGAGAAACCUCUUCACCAAACAUCUCAUUUCUGGAAUGGGCCGACAGUUCUCGACAUUCAGUGAUGGCUAUAGUUACAUGGUUAUCCGGAUUUUGUCUGUUUUAUUUGCAUUCAAAACUAUAUUGGCCAGGUUAGGGACAGGACUACGUUGCUGUUAAUCUUGCCUUUAUUAAGUAUAAUUUGAAAGCUCUACUCCGUCCAAUCAGGAUAUUGUGAGAGAUGAAAUCAUCCAAUGGUUCGAAUCAUUUACUCCGUUCUGAUUGGCUAUACGGAUGACGAUAGCUUAUGUGUCGUAAAAAAAUAGCUUUUAAAAUUGUGCGUUGGCCAAGAUUUAAUGGAAAAUCAUUUAUGCAUGCUUAAAUUGCCUUAUAUAUAAACAGAUGUAUAUGUGUGUUUUUGAAAUUGAAUGUUGUAGUUUAUCAAAUUGUUUAUAUCAAAUGAAAGUUGACAAAUUCAUUGAGCACACAUAUCUGUCAUUGAACCUUCUUACUCAGAGAAGUGACUUCAUAGACUCUGAGCAACUGGAUUACUUUUCAGACACAAAAGUCGAUUUUUUUCAAAGGGGUGUGCGUUUUUAACAGAGGAACAGGUUUCUUUGUUGGUAAUGUUACAUCCAAAUAGAUAUUACGUUACCAUGAUUACAGCAGCAAAUUACAGAUAUAACUGUACCCAUCAGAUAGCCAAUCUGAUGACGUCAUUGUUUUGUUCCUGGGGGUAGAAUAACACUUCUGUUAACAAGCUCUGUUUUGUCCAUAUAGAUGUAUCGUGAUUUAAAAAAGAAAUUUUGAAAUAUAAACAGUUCGAGUAUA